AUGCCUAAAGAUUCCUUAAUAUCAACUGAAGCAUUAAGUUACACGAUUAACGACAACAUUUAUCAGAGAAACAAAGAUCCAAAGAAAUUAAUAUAUCAAGACAGAUAUAUUCCAGUUAGAAAUAACAAUAUGAUUUCAGAAUUUCAAAAACAAAAGGUCUCCUUGAUUAACAAAAAAUUUCAAUUAAAACGUAAAAGAAUAGUAAUCGAUUCCGAUGAAGAAGACGCGGAACAUCUUCGUAAAACUUUACUUGAAAAAGUCAUAUUUCCAACUAAAUCGAUUGAUGGGUACUUCCAAAUAUAG